CAUCUUUACAAGCCUGAAUGAGAUCAUAGUUAUUUAACUAGAAUAGAAGGCUUAGUGCCACAUUUUCUUACCUAAGUGGCCAAGAUUUAAUUCUCUAAUCAAAUUCACUGCUGGCUUAUAAGAAAAAUAAUCCAAAUUAAUUUGUCCUUGCAGUUGACAUAAUGUAGGAUGAAGGAUGCAUUGAUACAGAUGAGUAAGGGUGUGCUAAAGGAACCUACUGCAAUUCUAGUUGUUGUCUUGUUUGGUGAUAGACCUCCAACAUUGUCAAAGAAAGAUGUUACAUUCACCCCUUUCUACUCCAUCCUUGAUCACUCUCAACCUUAGGUGCAUACCAAUGCAACAAUGGUUAUCCUGCACGUUUGCUGCAUCUAGUUUUGGACAAAUACUCAAUGCAUGGGUUAGCCCUCAUUUUUUAAGAAAAGUUGAACAAUGGGAAAUUAUCUUAAUGAUUGUAAGUCUUAGUUUCUAAAGCUGAUUUCCAUUUUUUCUGUUUGCUACCAAAAUGGAAUGAAUCCCUUAGCUAUCUUAUAAUUUAUUUUGAGUUUGGUUUCAAACUAGAUAGGGCUAAUGGGGAAAGCAUUUCUUGAGUUUCAUCCACAUACAGAGAUGUUCUUCUUGCUCAUAAGAUACAUGAUUGAUCUACUUCAGAUAUGACAUGGAUUAAAAGAAAGAUGAAGACAACACACUAACUGAAGGUGAAGCUGAGAUUGAUUUUUCACAUACAAAGAGACUAGACUUAAAGUGGAGUCCAUUGUAGGUAUUGCAUUACCCUAUAUGGUGCCCAGGUACCAAACAGUGAACUGUGCUCUAGUUAAUUGUCUAGUUUAUAUACUUUGUAACUUGCUUAAUAAAGUGACAACCAAAAUACCAGCUAGAUAUUUACCCAUCCUCUACUCCCAUUUCUUUUGCAAUAUGACCAACAUAUGAUGUUUUGUUUUUUAAAAUUCCAAAUAUAUUUCAGGUUGUCUAACUAAAGAUGCUGAGAAGCAAUGAGGACCGGCUAAAAGGAUGUAAAGAUCUCAACCGUUGAUGGGUGUCCAAGGUCGAGACAAGGAAGCCACUGAGAUUUCACUGGUUUGAUCAAACUCUACCAAAGAGGUGGGGUUUUCAAGUGACUGCGGGCGAAUGAGUGUGGCUGUGACUCAAGCAAGAAGAUAGUGUUGCCUUGUCUGUGCUUCCAAAACAAUAAGUGACAGAUUCUUAAAGCCAUUCACAAAGUACUUUGAGGAGCAUGGCCAAUAUCUAAGUGGCUCUGAAUACUGUAAUGAAUACGUAAAGAACUUGAAGGAAUAAGAUUGUCUGUCCCCAACUCAGGGCAUUUCAGUUUAUUGCCUAAUCUGCUACAUCUAUAUUCAGGAUCUCAGAAAAAUGGGUAGUACGAUGUUCUUAUAAAGAUUAAUUUCUAUUUGUUGUUAUUUAUCAAGAAAGUCAUCAGAAAAAUAUAGUGCCAGACAUUCCGAUCAUCCUUGUUUAUUAUUUUUUGAACUUAGGUAAAGAUGUCUUUGUAUUGGCUUGGUGAGUUCUUACAAACAAUGUGUUGUAGAGCAAUUAUAAGUUGUCUAGAUUUUAAUGUACCAAAAGUUAUAGAUUAAGGUUAACUUUUGAGCAUCACAAGAAAUAAGGUUCGUAAUU